UUAUCUCGUGUCAAUGGUUAAUACUGAGUUACUUCACUUUAAAUGAAAGUAUAAUUAAAUAAUAUUAAAAUGUAAUGAGAAUAAUUUUGUAUUGAACAUUACUUUUAACAUCUGGUUUAAAAUUUUUUCAAAUAAUUUAAGGCUACAUAUUUACAUAUUUAUUGCAUUGAAGCAUCAAGUUAUCAUACUAUUUUAGUGGAAAUUAUGGUGGAGAACGGUGCAUCUAGUGGCGGUAGCGAAAGUCCAAAUGCAACCACUGGAAGAUCCGGUCUACUAGAAACAUUAGUUCGCGGCGUUUGGUAUCGGGUGCAUUGUUCCUUGGAGGAUGAUUAUCUUAGUGUAUGCUUAGAUGAUGGCUACGACGCUACCACAACUCUAAACGGUACCUUAAACAAUAACAAUGUUGAGACACCGAACAGUGACUUCACUGAAGUACCGGAAGCUAUUGCUAAUCAGAAACGGAUGGUGCAAGUUGUUAAAUCAGAUAAUAAUGGCUUGGGGAUAUCAAUUAAGGGAGGAAUAGAAAAUAACAUGCCCAUACUUAUAUCAAAGAUAUUUAAGGGUAUGGCAGCAGACCUUACAGAACAACUUUAUGUGGGUGAUGCUAUACUUUCAGUUAAUGGAGAAGAUUUGAAAGAUGCCACUCAUGAGGAAGCCGUUAAGGCCCUUAAAAGAGCUGGAAAAAUGGUUCAACUGGAAGUUAAAUAUCUCCGUGAAGUUACUCCAUAUUUUCGUAAAGCUUCAAUUAUUAGUGAAGUGGGAUGGGAACUGCAACGUGGCUAUAUGGUAGAAACUCCACCAUCACCGCCCUCACCUAGACGUCGACGUGCUGAUACGAGAUAUGUACCACUUCUCAUGGCCUGUGUCGCUAAGAAUCUUCGACACCAUGAUCCAGAGGAGCGCACGAUAGAAAUCUACUCGCCCGACGGCGUGCACGCGCUGGCGCUGCGCGCGCCGUGCAGCUCGUCGGCGGCGGGCUGGCACCGCGCGCUGCACGCGGCGGCGCGGCGCGCGGCGCGGGCGGCGCUGGCCCGCGCGCGGCCCCGCCUGCGCUCGCUCAUAGGCGACGUGCGCUACGCCGGCUGGCUCGCCAGGCGCCCGCCGCAGGACCACAUGGGUGCGUCCGGCGGAUCCGACGACUCGGACGAGACGGAGGGGUGGCAGCCGACGUUCGUCGCCAUCACGGACCGGGAGCUGCGGCUGUACGAGGCGGCGCCGUGGUCGGGCGAGGCGUGGUGCGCGCCGGCCGAGAGCUUCGGGCUGGCGGCCACGCGGCUGGCGUGGUGGCGGCGCGGCUCGGGCGCGGCGGCGCUGGGCGUGCGCGCGGGCACGGCGGGCGGGCUGUGCGUGCGCGCGCUGCGGGCCGACGCGCCGCACGACCUGGCGGCGGCGGCGGGCGCGCUGGUGGACGGCGCGCACCACGCCGUGCGCGCGCAGCCCGAGUUCACGUUCCGCUGCCGGUACCGCGGCGCCAGCGCGCGCCUGUCGCUGGGCGCGGGCGGCGUGUGCGUGUGGGAGGCGGCGGGCUCGCUGGGCCGCGGCGGCGCGCGCGCGCUGUACCGCCGCCCGCUGCACGCGCUGCGCGCCUCGGCCGACGACGACCGCGCCGCGCUGUGGCUGCACUUCGCCGACGACGACACGCUCGAACUGGACAUGGAGGGCAGCCCCAAGCCGGCGGUGUUUAUUUUACACAACCUGCUGUGCGCGCGAGUGCACGCGCUGCCGGCCGACGCGCUCUAGCCGCGCCCCAGCAGCGCCCUAGCUGCGCCCUAGUCGUGUCCUAGCCGCGCCCCAGCCGCGUCCUAGCCACGCCCUAGUCGCGCCCUAGCCGCGCCAUAGCAUUGCCGUAGCCGUACACUGACCGGAUGCGCGCCCCCUACGACGGUUCGACGAUUUCUUUCUGUUCGUAUGUUCUGGCGUUGCGAGAUGAUGCUGUUUGACUUAGUUACGACAUCGAGACGGUGUUCAUAUUAUUUUCUUGUGUUUCCGACUGAAGUGUUGCCGGUCUCUCUAGAAUUCUGUAAGAGAAAUUGACUAUUAGCGAUAAUAAUGCAAAGUAUCGCACGAAUAUUUGUCCGUUACAUUCCAAAGCUGUGUUUUAUUUAAUUUGGAUUAGGUUUUUUUUUAAUAUUUAAAACGUAUCCUGCGCUCUUCCAAAGAACGAAUCUCUGUAAUUUUAUUUAAUAUUAAUACAGUAAGGAUUUGUAUGAUAUGUUAUCGAUUAUAAUAUAUUUUUUAUAAUUUAUUUGUUGUAUAUAAAUAGUUAUAGUGUUUUGUAAUUCGUACGUUUCCGAAUGUAGAAUAGAUUUACUUUAAUAAGAUUAGAUAAUGUUUAGUCUCGAAUACUUCGCCAUUGACUAACUCUCAUUUGUUUUAUUAUUAUUUCGAUUGAAGCUUUCGUAAUCGACAAUACGUGCAAUAAUUUGUUAAAAGUCUAGUAAAUUUAUAAUGUUUCGUUCUGAUCUGAUGCGUGUAGAAUUAUAAAUGUAUUAUUAUUAAACAUAAUAACAUUUAAACACGAUAUUAUGAGGAAUAUAAAAAUUAUACUGUUUAGUAUAAUUAAUUCAUUAAUCCCUUAUAUUAAAUUGUCUGAUUAAAUAGGACGAAAUUAAUUGUUUAUAACUUGUUUUUUCAUUUAUGUCAAUGGUAUGACUUUUGUUGGACGAAAUGGCUGGUCUUAUAUUUUAUUAUUGGCAAUACUUUGUUAUUGUUGGCCCUCUAGCCUUUUGAAUCUUUUGGCCUACGUUUGCAUUUUUGAAUGCAUAUGUAAUAUAUAACGUGGCUUAUGUUAAAGUAGCUGAAUUUAAUGUAUUAAAAUAUGUCAUGCUUUAAAUAUUUAUAUAUUUAAUAAAUAUAAUGAAAAUUCAAAAUUAACUCUUCUCGAUGUGUAAAAAUUAUUCAAAGUUCAAUACAUGAUGGAUUGUCAAUUUUUAUUUAAUAAUAUAUUUUUUAUUACGUUGUUGUUAAAGUUACGUUGGUUUAUUUCAAUUCGAAGGAACAUUUAUUUACAACAUUACCCAACAGUUAACAUUAAUAAUAUGAACACAAGUGAGCAAAUCUAAGUCUCGCUAAAUCGAGUGUUCAUCGAGUGAACCGUUUAGUUACCAUAUACAAAAAUUGAAACGCUUAAACGCAUAGAUUAUAAUCAUCAUAUUAAUAAUAAGUUGUGUAAUGAAACGUGUUGCCAUAUCAAUUAUACAAAAUUAAUGUAUGAUGUAAGUCUCAGUAAACUUGUAAUCUCUUAGCAUUUCUAUGAUACAAUUGAUAUUUCUCGGUAUACUAUUCGAUCAUGACUAAUUUUGUACUAUUUGUAAGUAUUAUUAUAUCAUUCCCUUCUUGGUAAAUGUUAAGAUUGUCCGCGACGAGAUGAUUAAGGAAAUUAUAUGAAUGCAAUAACAUUCCUAACUGUAAUACACUGGGUCUGAUUAUUAUAAAGUUUAUAAUAAAAGCUAUCAAGUUAGUAACAGGAUUUUAUUGAAUCUACAAUGGUUUGGAAUUUUGGGAUGGAUCGGUUUAAAAUCGCAUUGCUAAAUUAGAUUCAUAAUAAUUGCUAAAUAAUAAUAAAUAAAGCAAAUAAAAAAGUUUGUAAAACACACAUAAAAUGUACAUUUAGAUCUUAAAGUAAAAAAAAAAAAUUAAAUUAUUUGUAUAUGUGUUAUUGUGUAUAUGUAUGUAUGUAUAUUCUACCGCAAAACAGCAGUACUUGGUAUUGUUGUGUUCCGGUUUCAAGGGUGAGUGAGCCAGUGUAAUUACAGGCACAAGGGACAUAACAUGUUAGUUACCAAGGUUGGUGGCGCAUUGGUGAUGUAACCGAUGGUUAACAUUUCUUACAAUGCCAAUGUCUAUGGGCGUUAGUGACCACUUACCAUCAGGUGGUCCACAUGCUCGUGCGCCUUCCUAUUAUAUAUAUAUAUAUAAUGUCAAACAUUCAAACAUUAACCUCUCUGUGUCGGUCCGGCAUUAUUACAACAAUCUGUCAAAUUGUCUAGGACAAUCUUAUUUUAUCAAAACGACCCGUAGCAUAAUAAAACGCACCGAUUUGCAUAACAAACGUCACUUUGGAAUUGAUUUACAGACAACAGGUUGAGACGGAGCAAGGUUAUCAAGUGAGCUUAAAAAACUCUCUCAGAAUUUAUAUACAACCUUCUUUUUUUAAUAUUAAUUUUGCGGUGUAGUUUUAUUGUCUCGGGUGUACAUUCCCUUCACUGUAGAUCUCCGUUACACGCACUACCAAUGGCACAUAGUAUUUUCCUAUUUAACUAAACCAAGCACUUAUACAUUUUUUACUAAAAAAUAAUCGAUAUCAGAAUAUGGAUGCUAUUAAAACAUGAAAAAAUUAAAAGGGUAUAUUAUACUAGUUACCUCUUUCUUGAUACUAGUGUAUAAUGAUAGCAUUUGAGUCAUUCGACGUAAUAUUUGCUAGUCCGUGGAAACAAACCUCGUCUGUCCCCGUGUUACCAAUUUAAUUAAAAAUAUCCUACGUAUUACUACUCUGUAUCUUAUAGUUAAAGAAUUAUUUAAUUUUGUAUUAUUUAAUGUAUAAUUUUUAAGAUUAUUACGAAUUUCAUUUUUAAAUAGGAAUAUUCAUCAAUUUACAGUUACGCUUAAUACUCUAUGCACAUGUUAAGUCUCGCAAGUAAAGUGACAUCUUAAUCGUGCCUUGUAUUAUUUAUAAACAUGUCAAUGCAUAAUAAUAUAAAAAUCUCGUUUCUGAAACUCUAAUCAAAGUCAAAUAACUUUGAUAUAGAUGUAUCUAUUGGUCGAUGGCAUUAACGGGUGACCAAUGAGCGUUUAGAUAUAAUUAAAGAUUACUUAAUUUGACUUCGACUAGCGUUUCAUAAUCAAAUCACGCUUUUAUGUGUAGC